AUGGUUUGUGUAUCCUUAUAUGGCAUAGACAUCAAGCAUUUCUCCGCGGAUCAGGCGUCAGUUGGAAUGAUAGUUGGGCGACUUGGACUGCUGCAGAACCCCGACACCGAGGCGCGUGAGGUCAAUAGGCAAGUCGCCGUUUUAAAGACGAAAGAAGCUGAGCUCCGCCAGCUAGACAAGGACAUUCUCGAUCUCACAGAAGACGAGGCUAUUGAAGGAGAAGUUGAGGGCGCAAACGACUACCACGAGAAGAUUCUGUACGCGAUUGCUGAUGCGCAGUUCUUCCUGUCACAGCGUCAACAGGCGACCGGUCUCAGCGGCCCGUCUAGGAGUGAAUCCAAUGACGAGCGAGUAGCAGCCACCCAGAGCAACAUCGGAUCUGCUGGGGCGCCGCCAGGACCCGUCAGUACGCUACGCUACCGGUCGGUCGCGCUUCCGACGCUUCAGGUCCCGACGUAUGCCGGAGAUUUACGUCAGUGGCAAGAAUUCUGGGACCAUUACAGUGCCACGAUUCACGAGAACACCGAGUUGCCGCCCAUCGAGAAAUUUAAGUAUUUGCUGACGUACCUGACGGGAGCGGCCAAGCGAGCUAUCGAAGGCAUCAGGCUGGCUGAUAACAACUAUGAAAUUGCCGUGACAACACUGAAAGAGCGCUUCGGUCGACAGGAAUUACUAGUCAACGAGCACAUCGACCAGCUUCUUGCAUUGUCGCCCGUGAGGAGUUCCAAGGAAGUGGAGAAGCUUCGUGUGCUGCAUGACACCGUGCGUUUCCGCGUAAGUGCGCUCGAAGGUCUUGGUGUACCACCUGAGCAGUACACUGUGGUGCUGCAUCGAGUGCUAAUGAGGUGCUUGCCAGAAGACUUGGCGAUAAUGUACCGACAGAAGAAGAAGGAGGAGAGCACGCGCGGUACUAAUGCAUCAACAGAGCCCACACCCCCUGAAGCGAGAACGCACAAGGCGACCGACAUUUUAGCGUUCCUGAAAAUCCAGGUUGAAGUGCGUGAGGAAGGGAAGCAAGAAGCGGCGUCAUCGUAUACGCACAACUCGAUCACGGAAACUGGUGACAUGAAUUCGCCGACAAGAUCUGCCCAUGCCUUUCCAUCGGCAUCUGCGCUUGCUGUGACGGAAUCCCUACAGCAGCGAACUCGGUCUUGCGUACUGUGCGACAGCAGAGCUCACAACCUCGCAGCAUGUACGGCCGACAUGGCCGUCGAAGAGAAAAGAGCCAGGUUGCGCAACGCUCGUUGUUGCAGGUGCGGAACGCGCAAUCAUGUCGCGAAAUUUUGCCGAGUUUCCCGGAACCUCACGUGCAACAAGUGCCGACGCCGACACCUAACGGUCCUCUGCGAAUUGUCACGCGCUGUCGCAAUGACCGCUUCUCCAAGAACGACCGAGCAGCUGGUUACGUCUGGAACUACUUCCCGGACAGUAACCACGGCUUCAACUGGUAAAAAAGGAGCCAAGUCUGUGCUGCUUCAGACUGGUCGUGUUUGGGUGGAGAGCGGACCACGACGACUCCUGGUGCGUGUGAUGCUGGACAGCGGCAGCCAGCGUUCGUUUAUCCGCACCGACGUUGCAAAGAGAUUGCGGUGUAGAGCCCUUGGCAUCGAAGAGCUCUCAUUGGUGACGUUCGGAAAUGCAAAGCGGCGGCAUCAUUUGCGCUGUCAACGCGUUUCUGUCACGCUGCGUGGACGAUUCAACGACAGCACCGUUACGUUGGAAGCACUAGAAGUACCCGAGCUAUGCUCCGCGACAAGUCCACCACUGAACACUGAAGUGCUCGAGCUGUUGUGCACCAGAAAACACGAUGCUGCGGAUCUGUUCGAUCCAGAGACUUGGCACCCAGAUGACAUCAGCAUCGUGAUUGGCUCAGACGCUUAUUGGAAGGUUGCCACCGGAAGCAUUGAUCGCCUCAAUGAGGAACUCACUGCGGUCGAAACGUUUUUUGGGUGGAUCGUACAGGGAACAAGCUCGCAUUACGAGGCUACAGCGACUUGUGCCCUCCUCAUGUCGGCUGGUGUCGAGUGCGACGAAUCGGCUAUGUGGCGCCUCGGCACGAUUGGUAUUGACAACCGGAUGCCAAGGAAAACACAAGAACUUGAUAUGUUUGAACAUUCUCUGAGCAGACAAGCUGUGAAGUGCAGUGCCCUGCGGACGUCGCCGAAGCGAACUCGUCAUUGCGCGAUCCGAGUGCGCAAGCACAUCAACCGGCUUGUUCCCAGGCAGCAGAAGGAGAGCCAGGCACAGAAACUCGCCGCUGAUGUGAUGAGUCUUUCGGAACGAAAUGCGUCCAUGCCGGCAUCCGUCUCUGAACUCGGGAUGUCGCACAGUUCGGGCCGCAGAAACAAAGAUCACCGCAGAUGUCCAAGCUCUUCGUGGAGGACACAACGCCAUUUCGCUGCGGUGAAGCGUGGGCAGGAAAACCUGAAGGUGGAGCACACCACCAGUGCCGUGCCAGGAUGGAAACGGCGGAGAUGGAGACUCGCACAUCAUUUUUAUGCCACAUCGGAGCGCGCUACCACCGGGACCAGGCUUCAACGCAGAUUCAUAUUGGAGACGCGGGACUAG